AACUUGAUCUGGUGGUGGGGUGGGUGGGAGAGGAUGAGUGGAAGGGCGGUGAAAAGGCCGAGAAGAGACCAUUCGGUGGUGAAUGUGUGGGAAAGAGAGCUUGGUCUCUUGCCCAAUCGUAAUUUCUCCAACCGUUUCUCAGCCUCCGAGGAUCUAUUGCGGCGUCUGGGGCUUGACAAGAAGCUGGUUAAGCAUAAGGGUUGUGUAAACACUGUCAGUUUCAAUGCAGAUGGAGAUAUCUUGCUUUCAGGUUCUGAUGACAAACAGGUCAUCCUUUGGGAUUGGCAGACUCCUACUGUCAAGCUCUCUUUCGAUUCCGGCCACUUCAACAACGUUUUCCAAGCCCAAUUUAUGCCUUUCUCUGACGAUCGUAGCAUUGUCACUUCUGCUGCUGAUAAGCAGGUCCGCCACUCCAAAAUUCUUGAAUCUGGACAAGUCGAGACUUGUUUGUUGGGUAAACAUCAAGGACCCGUCCACAAAUUGGCUGUUGAGCCCGGUAGUCCAUUCUCAUUCUAUACUUGUGGUGAGGAUGGCGUUGUUAAGCAUUUUGAUCUUAGGACUCGGGUGGCUACAAAUCUUUUCACUUGUAAAGAAGCCAAGUUCAAUUUAGUUGUCUACUUGCAUGCAAUUGCAGUUGAUCCGAGGAACCCUGGUCUUUUUGCGGUCGCUGGAAUGGAUGAGUAUGCUCGUGUCUAUGAUAUUCGCAGCUAUCGAUCUGAGGGUUGGUAUAACUUUACCCAACCCGUCGACCACUUCUGUCCUGACCAUUUGAUUGGAAGCGACCAUGUAGGAAUAACAGGUCUUGCUUUCUCUGAUCAGAGUGAGCUCCUCGCUUCUUAUAGUGACGAGUUCAUCUAUCUUUUCACCCCUGAUAUGGGGCUAGGCCCAGCUCCAUAUCCCUCUUCAACUAAAACUCAGGAGAGGAGGACGACGCCAACGCCCCCUCAGGUUUAUAAAGAGCACACGAAUCGUGAAACAGUCAAAGGUGUCAACUUUUUUGGACCCAAGUGUGAGUAUGUGGUUAGUGGUUCUGACUGUGGCCGAAUAUUCAUAUGGAGGAAGAAAGACGGAGAAUGUGGCCAAAUUUUACAAGCAGACAAACAUGUUGUCAACUGUGUAGAGUCUCAUCCUCACAUGCCACUCAUGUGUAGCAGUGGAAUUGAAACUGAUAUCAAAAUCUGGACUCCUGGAGGAACCGAGAGACCCUUGUCGCCGGGAAAUGCAAAACAGGAUUUGGUUUCUGGUACUCGAUGGUACCAUGAGUAUAUUGUGGAUGAUGAUGAUGAUGAUGAUUCUGACGAUGAAACUAGUGAUGAGAGUUCAGAUGAUGAUGAUGAUGUUGGUGCGGAAGAGGCGGAGAAUGGUGAUGCCGAUGUUGGGAUUACGAAUGAUGAUGAGGACGACGACGGGGAGGGGUGAGGAUGGAGGGUGAGAAAUGUAUAGACACCAUGUAUUUUAUCUGAACACAAAAAAAUAAAAACAGCAUAAGUUAGAUACGUUGGAUGUUAUCAUCCUCUUGAUAUAUGCAAAACAAAAAACAAAAAAAAAUCUAAAAGAAUGGCUAUAAAAUUCUAGGAUAGAGAGA